GUAACAAAUUCUAGGUACUAAAAUGUAAUUUUUCAUCUAUAUUUUUAGUAUUCGAACGUAAAAGUCUCAACCUUCUUUGUCUCCCCGCCGCCGCCGGCGUCACAGUUGUUUGUGUUUCAGUCCAGUUUUCUGGUUGGGUUCCGGAUUCGGUGUCAAGCUUGCAUCUUUCAUUCUGGGUUCGCGGUGGAAAUUGAUUUAGGCAGUAUCUAUUGAUGGCUGUCAGGGUCCCUCAUUGUGAACGCUUUCAAUUCAAAGCGGUUCAGCAGCUUGGCAUGGCUAGGAUCAUCCAUCGAAACUGCUCUCUAUUUCAUUGGCGAAGAAAAGCCGGUAUGACUCAGUUCCCUUAUUCUUCUGCUGCUAUGACCCGCAAUUCAACUACUCCUAUGACCUCCAAUUCUGUAACUUUCGCUAGCGUAGAUGAUGCCUUGGAUUCAUUUAAUCGGAUGCUCCAAAUGAAUCCCAGGCCUUCCGGUGUCAAAUUUGGUCAGUUGGUGUCAUCUCUUGUUAGAAUGAAGGCCUUCCAGGCUGCCUUCUAUGCUUCUAAACGUAUGGAAUUAGCUGGAGUACCACACGAUCGUUACACACUUGGCUUGAUGCUUCGUUGCUUCUGUAAAUUGGGUCGAGUGGAUUUUGGCUACUCAGUUUUGAGCAAAGCUCAGAAACUCGGUAUUCAAUUCGACGAUGUGAUGCUCAGUACAUUGAUCGACGGGCUCUGUAAAGUUGGGAAAGUAAUCGAGGCUGCAAGGUUGGUUCAUAAAAUUAGGAUUUUGGGUUAUCAACCGGAUGUUUUCACUUAUACCAUUAUUAUAGAUGGAUUGUGUAAGGCAGGGCAAACGAGUGCUGGACUUGAAUUGCUCAAAAACAUGAAGGAGUUCGGUUGUCAACCUGAUGUGUUUGCUUACAAUAGCUUGAUUUAUGGUUUGUGCAUUUCAAGCAGAAUCAAUGAAGCUAUGGAGUUGUUCAAUAAAAUGGUAGACAAGAAGAUCAUGCCUGAUACAUUCACCUAUAACAUAUUGGUUGAUGCUUUCUGUAAGGAAGGAAAUGUUUUGGGAGCUAAAGUUAUACUCAAAAUGAUGAUUCAAAGAGGACUGCUUCCAGAUAACGUCACUUACAAUUCAUUGAUGAAUGGGUAUUGUUUGCGCAAUGAAUUAGACAAAGCCAGAAAGCUAUUUGAUUUCAUUGACAAUAGGGGGUGCAAACCUGAUGUUGUGGGGUACAAUAUACUUAUGGACAGGUUGUGGAAAGCAGGCAGGGAAAAGGAAGCAAGGGAAAUAUUUUCCAGGCUCUCUAGAGACAAUUGUUUGCAACCUAAUAUCCUCACAUAUAACAUCGCAAUCAAUGGACUUUGCCAUCAUGGUUUUGUGGAUGAAGCAUAUGAUUUGUUCAGGAAAAUGGAGGCAAAUAGUUGUCUACCAGAUAGUAGCUCCUAUAACGUGAUCAUUCAUGGAUUUCUUCACCACAAGGAUCCACUUGAGGCAAUCAAUCUUAUUCAUGAGAUGGUUUCGAAAGGUUUCUCAGCCGAUUUAACCACGAUGUCUUUGUUGAUAGAAUUGUUGCCCAAGAAUCAGUUGGAUCAUCCAAUUGUCCAGAAGCUGUUGAAUGGUCCUAAUAUCAAGAGUCACGAAAUAGUGUCUAGUGAUCUAUCAGCUGCUGCAACCCAAGGAACCUGCUGAAAUUCUCAUCCAAAGGCCAGUUGCAUGAUCCUGUAGUUUAUCAAAACCUCUUUGUGUGUCAUGGUCCUUGCCAUCCCACUUACAUAUAUGUGUUUCGAUGCUUCCUGACAUUAUCAGAAAGAACUUGAUUCAAGUGUUCUGCAUAUUGUUGGCUCUCUCUGUUUGCUGUGUAAAUAAGUUCCCUGUAAGUUUCUGUCUGUAAUUAGCAUGAGAAUAGAUGAUGAUCCAUGUCUAAUGCAUUAGUCAUGUGUUUAGAGAUAAUGCCGAUGCUGAGCAUUAAAUCUUCUACGUGAUUUUGGCUGAUGCUGAGCAUGAUGUAGGUACAGUGAUUGGCAAACCUUUGGGAUGAUUCCUCGGUAGCGAAUCUUUUUUCGUCUAAUGAUGAACUAAGCAUAAUGCCGAGGUGUGCAAUAGAGGAAAUGACUCAUGCAAGAGCUUGAAUUACUGACUUGAAGAUCCUUGUUUGACUGCAGCUGCAAAGGAGGAUCAGUGGAGCUCUGGACUAUUGAAGAACUUAACUCACCUGAAAACGAUGCCGUUCUCUGCUAAUCUGUAGACUAGUGUUUGGUUCAGAACGGGCCCGUUUUUCCUUCAGUUGAGAACAAGAAGACAACUGCUAUGUCGUUUUGAUUAAUCAAUGUAGAUAUAACUAAUUGUGGACAGGUGUUAAUCGACUAGAGGUGCAUUUAUUUGUUAGUUUGGCUUUUACUGUUUAUCAGCUGUUAGUUAAUCUCCUUCCUUGUAAAGUUUUAGUAUAUAUCUGAAAAGUUUUAGUAUAUAUCUGAAAUCAGAAAACUAGAAGGACUCAAGUUGAGAAAAGCCCCAAUUAUCAACACCAACCCUAGGAAAUAGAAGUAGAUUAAUCGAUUGUGGUGAGUAUGGAUCGCAGUUAACGGUUAGUUGCGGUUAACUUGGUGUUAGAUUCGAUUGAUACUUCAUUUUUGUUCUUGUAUUUAGUUUAGUAUAUAUGUCGAACUUUCGGUAUAGGAUAUAAAUGUGGAAUUGGUUGUUCACAAUGUUUGCUACUUGAUCAAUUAGACAAAGUGAGAAUUGGCCUCGACUUUGGGGUCUUCCUCUUGCACCCAAAUUGAAGUUUUUCCUUGGGCGGAUUUUACUAAGAAUCCUUCCGGUUAGGGAGGAUCUUGCCCGACAUGGGGUGCAGGUAGAAGAUUCAUCCCUUGUUUGUGGUUUAGAUGAAGGCGAAUCGUUGGAACAUUUAUUCCUUGCGUGUCGUGUGGCAUUAGCUUUCCGCCAAUGGUGUGACUUACAUUUGCCUCCGGGAAUUUUUCUAAACACGCAUUUGUCAAUCUUUUUAAGACACAUCAUUCUCUCCGAUCAUGCCACCAUAAUAAAUUGGGUCCUCUAUUUUUGGCGGAUUUGGAAAAGGCGGAAUAAUGUUGUCUUUCCACCCUAUGCACAAUUUACCACUGCUGCCUAGUACCGUCACCUAUUAUCUCAUCAUGCCUCUCAUCAAAUUGCCGUCCUCCCCAAUCAGUCACCGCCACCCAGACCUCAGCCAUAUCCUCAUUUGACGCUUCAAUCUACUUUUCGCAUUGCAGUUGAUGGGGCGACCAGUGCUCCGACUCAUGGCGCAAUUGGCGUGGUGGGUUUGGAUAAGAAUGUGCCAGUUUCUGCAAUGGGUGGUUUCUUCCCAGUUCUGCAAUGGGUGGUUUCUUCCCAGACCUUUUUCAUCCUAAGAUCAUGGAGGUGUUGGCCAUUAGAGAAGCUCUAUUAUUACUUCGACAAUGGCAGUGGCAGGAUCGACCGAUCGUGAGCACAAGUGAUGCUCUUGCAGUUGUACAACAUUUGAAGGGUUCUGAUGCCAAUGAUGCCCUUGUGGGGGCUAUCUUACGAGAAGUCAUCUUUAUGUUGUAAGAACUGCCGCUAGUUUCUGGUGCUUUUACUCCUAGAGAAGCGAAUCGGGCAGCCCAUGUUGUGGCACGUAAUGCCUUAAGCUACUCUGGCUCUUGUAGUGUUCGUUUCAAUUGUUCUUAUUUGCUUUGACUAUCAUUUCACGAAGAAGCCGUUGUAUUGUGGCUAUCUCGUGCUUAACUAGUUAAUCCGCAAGGGUUACUAUGACAAUUUUUUUUUUUGACAAAGCCAGAAAGUUAUUUGAUUUCAUAAAUUCGAACCAUGUGAACUUUUUGUGGUUUUUUUUAAUCCAAUUUUUAUUAAAACGCAGCAUUUUUGGGAAGGGGAACGGACACAAACGAUUUUUGGGUUGAAAUCGGAUUGGAGUGGAUCGAAUCUAGCCUGGUCACAGUUGAAACCAGAUCCUCAUCCAAUUCAAUUUUCGGUUGCUACGAUUACGAAAACGGUUUCAAAAACCUGUUUAAUCCAGUCUCAUUUAUCCGAACCAAACCGUUUUUCCACUUCUAAUGUAUAGGGAUGGCAAUGGGUCGAGUUGGACUGGCUUCUGGUGAAUCCAACCCAAUCCAGCAGGUAUAUCCGCAAAAAAUUCAGGAAAAACUCAACGGGUUCCAAAAUCUCAAACCCAACCCAAUCAAUUGGGUAUCCGCGGGUCAUCGAUGUCUAUGAAUUCUAAUGGAUAUAAAUGCAUAACAUCAAUCUCUUGUCAAAAUAAAAGUCUAGCACCAGUCUCUAUCCAUAUUCCAUACAAAUUAUCAAUACAAAAAAAUUACCAAUUUACUGCAUACCAUCAAACUCACAUAUUAUCCAUACAAAUUGUUCAAUAUUAAAGAUAAACAUCCACGAACAACACGUUUAAUCAACGGGUUACGAGAGUAUGAGUAUAUGAGCGGGAUAUACAUGGGUUGGAUAUAUUUGUACCCAAACCCAACCAGCUGAACAAUCUAACAACUGGUUUCAAAUUAAAUCCGACACCCAAUCCGUCAACACGAAUUUUACCCGCUUUAACCGAAUGACUGAAUCGGGUAUAGUAUACCCAUGAAUCCGAGUUUCGUUGCCAUACUAAUGGUACUACCACUAGUUUUCAACCUAGAAAGAAACAAAACAACAUUUUAUUAUUACUCCCCGAUUAAGUGGAAACGUGACUAUAGGUGUCAAAACAUAGCCCGACCCGAUUAACCCGCCCGAUCAACCCGACCUGCAACCCGACCGCAACCCGAAUUGACUAAAAGUCAACAACCCGUAACCCGCCCGACCCACAACCCGAUUGACCCGCAACCCGACUAACCCGCAACCCGACUGACCCGCAACCCGAUUAACCCGAACCCGAUUGACCCGCAACCCGACUGACCCGCAACCCGAUUAACUAGAACCCGAUUGACCCAAACCCGACUAACCCGUAACCCGACCGACUCAACCCGAACCUCACUUAGUCCACUUAAAUAAUUAUUAUAAUAUACAAUACAUAGUUUUUCAAAAUAAAGUUUUUCAUUCUAAACUUAGGUAAAAUUAUUUUUUCAUUUCGUAUAGGGAAUUUAAAAAAUAUGAAACUCGAUAUUAUGUAUUUUAAGAAAAUUACAAAAAGGUA